GUCAGAAAAGUAGGAAGUCUUCAGUCGGCUACUCUCUAUUAUCUUUAUUCUUUUGGGUUAAUUCAGGCCGACAUUCGAUCUAUUGUUUCUUUUAUAAUUUAAUAUAAUAUCGUGUAACUCGUCCGUCUAUUUUCUCGUCGACACGUUUCAAUAUUGAAUAUUGUUGAUCGAGCUCAAUCAGAUCGAUACGCCUACAGACGAAGAUUUGGAUGGGAUUAGCUGUAUAAACCGAAGUCGAUACCAAACAUGAUGGGUAACGGAGGGGAAGAGUUCCUUCCGCCCAUAUUCGGUCAAGUGCCCCCAUCGCGGAUCAUCAACUGGCACAGAGAACUUCUGGUGUCCCGGGCCAAGAGCGUGCAGUGCAUGUUGGACAACCUUCUACAGAGUGACUUCUUCUGUGCAGAAGACGUAGAGAUUGUGCGUCGCACCCCCACCAAAUCAGAUCAGAUGCGCAAAAUCUUGGAGCUGAUACAGUGCAAAGGAGAAGAUGUCUGUGAAUACUUCAUUUACGUCCUGUAUAAAGUGCAUGACGCGUACAUGGAUCUCCAGCCGUGGCUCGAAGACAUACAGUACAAGCCAAGUGAACCCAUGCUGAUGAUAAAUGUGGUUAACACUGACCCAAUCAGCAAGUAUUGUGACACGUUGAGGCAUGAACUGGGCCGGGACACCCAAUUCAUCAUGUCCUAUGCUCAGCAAGAAGAGGCCCGGCUGGAGGACCUCUACACCCCCACCCAGAUGGAGCUCAUCAAUGACCGCAACGAGAGCCUGGGCUUCCUGCAGAACCAGGACCAGCUCCUGGACGAAUCUGGGGUCUUCAACCCUCAGGGUGACGUGGUCUUCAUCACCGGGGACGCCGGCAUGGGCAAAUCCCUCCUCUUGCAGAAACUCCAGAACCUCUGGUCGAAGAGAGAGCUGCGGACGGACGCCGUCUUCUUCUUUCGGUUCCGCUGCAGGAUGUUCACCGCCUUCCAGGAGACGACCGAGCUUUCGCUCAGGGACCUGCUCUUCAAACACAGCUGUUACCCUGACGACGACCCGGACGACGAGGUGUUUGAGUACAUCGUGCGCUACCCCGAGAGGACCAUCUUCACGUUCGACGGCUACGACGAGAUCGAGGGCGACGUGGACCUGCUGAACGUAGAGCAGAUGGUCUCGCCAGAAGACAAGGCCCACCCACUGCUGCUGCUCAACAACCUUCUGUGCGGGAAGCUGCUCAGGGGGUCCCAGAAGGUGCUGACCGCCCGCACCGGGACAGAGUUGCCAAACAGGGUGGUCAGGAAGAAGGUGUCGCUGAGGGGCUUCUCCCCCGCCAAUCUGCAGUCCUAUGUGGCGCUGCACUUUACGACACCGGAGCACAGACAACUAGUGUCCGUUCACCUGGACGCCAGCCCCCACUUCUGUGGCCUCUGCUCCACACCGCUGUUCUGUUGGAUCGUGUUCAAGAGCUUCAAGCACCUCCGCGCGGUACAUAACGAUUUUGCGCUUCCAGAAAAAUGCAUCACGCUGACAGACGUCUUCAUGUUGUUUACUGAGGUGUUCCUCAGCCGCUGGGCCUUGCCGGCGAGGCAUCUGCAAAAGAAAAGGGCCCGGUGCACUUCAGAGACCUUCAAGUUGGGCCUCAGGCCCCUGGGAGCCCAUGCCAAACUGGCCCUUCAAGGCAUGGAGAAGGGGCGCUUCAUUUUCAACCAGGAAGAGGUUUCAGCCUGCGACCUGACAGAGGAGGACCUGCUCGUGGGCUUCCUGAGACCCGUCCACCGCUAUGACGCCUGUGGAGGUGAGGCCACCUAUGAGUUCCUCCACAUGACCCUGCAGUCCUUCUUGGCUGCGCUCGCUUUGGUGCUCGACAACAGCCUCGACGUGGCAUCCAUCCUUCAGUUCUUUACGGAAUGCAAAAGGAAGCGGGAGGGUUUAAAUUUGCCUUGCGCGUCGUGCAUUACCAAAUCUUCGAAGCUAAGAGAGAGGGAUGUGUUCAAGAGCAACGAGCAUCUACAGUUUACAAACCUGUUCCUGUGCGGGCUGCUCGCCAAGGACCAAAGCAGCCUCGUGGAGCACUUGGCGCCUCCGGUGCUCUUGAAGAAAAAAAGGGCUCUCCUUAAAACAUACCUGUCCACCAGCAUCAAGUCCCACCUACGGGGCCUGCCCACCUACAAAAGCGAUGAGGGCACAAGAGUUCACGUGUUGCCCAAUUUUGUGUGGAUGCUGCGGUGCAUCUUUGAGACGGGUAGCAAUGACGUGGCCCAGCUGACGGCGAAGGGCAUCACAGCCAACUUCAUCAAACUGGGCUACUGCAACAUGUACUCCGGGGACUGCACCGCCCUCAACUUUGUGCUGCAACACCGGCAGAAACUGUUGGGAGUGGACAUGGACAACAACAACAUCAACGACUACGGCGUGCAGCAGCUCAGGCCGUCCUUCUCCAAGAUGACAGUGGUCAGGUUGUGCGUCAACCAGAUCUCGGACAGUAGUGUUAAAGUGUUGGCGGAGGAGUUGGUUAAGCACAAAAUAGUGAAGGUCCUCGGCCUCUACAGCAAUCACAUCACAGAUACAGGAGCCAAAUAUGUGGCUCAAAUCAUCGAGGGAUGCCCAAGACUGCGUGUUCUGAAGCUUGGUAAAAACAAGAUCACCAGUGCUGGGGGGAUGUGUGUGGCGAAUGCCAUCAAAAUGAGCACAUCGAUUUUUGAUGUCGGAAUGUGGGGGAACACGGUUGGUGAUGAGGGAGCCAAAGGGUUCGCAGAGGCUCUGAGGAACCACCCCAGCCUCAACAGCCUCAGUCUCUCGGUCAAUGGCAUCACUUCAGAAGGUGGGAAGAUCUUGGCUGAAGCGUUACUUGAAAACACCAUCUUAAGGAUCUUCUGGUUGGUGGAAAACAAACUGACGGACGAGGUCGCCCCCCAUCUGGCAAAGCUGGUUAAGGCAAACACCGGGCUGUCUCACCUCUGGUUGAUCAGUAACCAGCUCACUGCAAUUGGGUUGAGACUUCUCCAGGAGGCCCUGGCCCACAAUACAGCCCUCAAAGAGAUAUGUGUGAAAGGAAAUAAUGUUUCUGAAGAGGAAGAAAAACAGUUUGAAGCUGACAAACGUCUGCGGUUUCAUUGAGCGCAAACCUUUGUGAAGAGAGUUAGAGGCAUUUUCUUCCGUGCAGGGUUUAAAUGCUAUUCAUAAUAAACUGGAACACUAGACAGCAUUAGGAUAACAAACCAUUACUUUGCAUCUAGUUACUGGUGUUUUUAAAUGUACUCUUCUGCAUUUGUAACAAUUAUACAUGUCUUGCCUUUAUGCAGAUUUAGAAGAAUGGAUCCACAUAAGCAACUAUGUCAUAAAUCAUGUACAAAAUUAUGCAUUUUAUUUAUAGGUAUGACAACACGCCUAGACUAAGCAUUGGCAUCUUCACAGGGGAAUAUUCUGGAGCAAAUUUAUUUUAAACAUAAUUUGUUGUAGUGUCUGGAAAGCCUGAUAGCUGUGGUUUACGUUUACUGAUUACCAGAAAGAGACAGUGUGUGGGCAUUUUACUGUGUUAUGUUGAGUGACAUAAUCAAUCAUUUAAAACUAAAGAAGCCCAACCUAGAAACUCCACAUGUUUAAUAUGAUCAGAAUGGCAAUUAUUGGAAAGAUUAUAUUUCACGUUAGCUUUGACUGAAUCUUCUUGCACAUACAUUUUUUUGAAUUGACAAGAUUCAGUUUUUUACUGCAAAACUUAACCUAAAGUCAAGUCACUUCAAGUCACCUCAAUUAUUGUUUUGUGUAAGGUCUGCUCAAACAAUUCUUGAGUGAGCUGGAGAAAAAAGUGUGUCUGUACUCUACAGAUAGCAGUUAGAAGAAAAAUUGUAGAUAAAAGGAUAAAUUGUAGUUUUAUCGUAUUCCGUCUAGAUCAAUAAUUUUUUGGUUUGGCAAAACAAUAAUUGUAGGCAUUCAUUCACAAACACAUGCCCACAGAAACGCACGGAGACAAUAACUUUGAAUUUGAAAUGGGUUAUUGAAAAGAUUAGCUUUUUCUUUUACAUUUGCUUUCUGUACAUAUUCACAACAUAAAUGAAUUCUAUCAUAGAAUGCUAACAUAGAAUGCUACAUAGUGACGCAGACUUCCUGGAAACAACAAGCAAAACAAACCUCCACGUUCUUUUGUUACAAAGGUUUGGGAAAACUUUUCAAAAUAAAUGUAUUUUCAUAUCA